CCCCAUACCUCCCACAUCUUCCAAACCACAAACAUCCAAAACAAGUACAAAUUAACACAAAACACACCCACUUCCACUUUCUGGCUCGAUCUCAAUCACGAAGAUCGAGACCAGAAAAUGGCAGACCCCAACCUCAGCGAACAACACAGCUCUGCCCUCGAGCCCAAGUUUCAUCUCCCCGUGGACUCGGAGCACCGCGCCAAGACCCUAAAAGUCCUCUCCUUCGCCAAACCCCACAUGCGUUCCUUCCACCUCGCCUGGCUCUCCUUCUGCACCUGCCUCAUCUCCACGUUCGCCGCGGCCCCUCUCGUCCCCGUCAUCCGCGACAACCUCGGCCUCGCCCGCGCGGACGUGGGCGCGGCCGGCGUGGCCUCCGUCUCGGGGAGCAUCUUCUCGCGCCUCGUCAUGGGCUUCGCGUGCGACCUCGCGGGCCCGCGCUACGGCUGCGCCCUCGUCAACCUCCUCGCGGCGCCGGUCGUGUUCUCAGCCGCGUUUGUGACGGGCGCGGGCGGCUAUGUGGCCAUCCGCUUCAUGAUCGGCGUGUCCCUCGCAACGUUCGUGUCGUGCAGCUACUGGACCAGCGUUAUGUUCGCGGGGCCUGUUAUCGGGACAGUUAAUGCGGUGGCCGCGGGGUGGGGGGACAUGGGCGGAGGCCUCACCCAACUCCUCAUGCCGUUGCUUUACCGCGUGAUCAAGCUGGCGGGGGCCACGCCGUUUACUGCGUGGAGGAUUGCGUUCAUGGUGCCUGGCUGGCUGCACGUGAUUGUGGGCGUCAUGGUUCUUACGCUGGGCCAGGAUUUGCCUGAUGGGAACCUUGGUGCCCUCCAGAAGAGGGGCGACGUGGCUAAAGACAAGUUUUCUAAGGUAUUCAAGUGUGCCGUGUCCAACUACCGAACAUGGGUUCUUUUCCUCGUCUAUGGUUACUCUAUGGGAGUCCAGCUCUGCUCAAACAACGUUCUUACCGAAUAUUACCACGACAGGUUCAACCUGAAGCUCCAUAAGGCGGGAACCGUAGCUGCCGCAUUCGGCAUGACCAACUUCUUCGCACGGCCCCUCGGCGGCUACGCGUCCGACAUGGCUGCCCGCCGUUUCGGGAUGCGCGGCCGCCUCUGGGUCCUCUGGGUGUUCCAAACCCUUGGCGGUAUCUUCUGCAUCUUGCUAGGGCAGGCGGACUCCCUCCCCUUGGCCGUCCUCUCAAUGCUCCUCUUCUCCAUGGGAGCCCAGUCAGCGUGUGGGGCCACCUACGGCAUCGUUCCCUUCGUCUCCCGCCGGGCACUGGGCCUCAUUUCGGGCCUCACAGGAGCCGGUGGCAACUUCGGUGGCGGGCUGACCCAGCUUCUGUUCUUCUCGUCCGCCAGCUCAUCGACUGCCGACGGGAUCUCGUACAUGGGGAUUAUGGCUGUUGCGUGCACGCUGCCGGUGGUGCUCAUCCACUUCCCACAGUGGGGGAGCAUGUUUUUGCCGGCGGGGGAGUGUACGGAGGAGAAGUACUAUGAGGCCGAGUGGAGUGAGGAAGAGAGGGAAAGGGGGCUGCACCAAGGGAGCCUUAAGUUCGCCGAGAACAGUAGGGUCGAGAGGGGGAAGGGGAUGGGGAGGAGGGUGGCCGCGGUCACCGGGACACCGCCGGGAUAUGGGUCUACCCCAGUCCAUGUUUAGUGUUGUUUUGUUGAAUUUAAUUAAUAUAC